AUGGAGAGUGCUGCUGUCUGCACAGAGACGAUCAUCAUGAAGUUCUGUGCAACACAAACUUUUUUCUUUCUCACAUCUGGUUUGUUUCUCUGUGCUGCUGCAGACCUACAUGCACCUGAAGUCCACACAAAGCUCGGCAGCCUGAGAGGUGCAUAUGUGAGCGUAAAGGGGAAGGAGACGGGCGCCCAUGCCUACCUGGGUAUCCCAUUUGCCAAGCCACCCAUCGGCCCUGCUCUGAGACUGGCUGCACCUCAGCCAGUAGAGGGAUGGGAAGGAGUGAGGGAUGCCACCCGGCAGCCACCCAUGUGUGUUCAGCAUAGACAGUUUGUUCUUUCUAUGCCUGAUAAGCUUGGUGCCCUGGUGGCUGAAGUCCCAGACAUUUCAGAAGACUGCCUUUAUCUCAACAUUUACACUCCUGCAAACAGAGCUCACAAUGCCAAGCUCCCAGUCAUGGUCUGGAUCCAUGGUGGAGCGUUUGCUUGGGGGUCAGCUUCAACGUAUGACGGCUCCGCCCUGACUGCAUAUCAGGAUGUGGUUGUUGUUCUGAUCCAGUACCGCUUGGGACCUCUGGGUUUUCUCAGCACUGGAGAUGAGCACAUGUCAGGGAACUUUGGCCUGCUGGACCAGGUCCAAGCUUUGAGGUGGACCCAGGAGCACAUUCAUAACUUUGGAGGGGACCCUGAUUCAGUAACUAUAUUUGGGGAAUCUGCUGGUGGAAUGAGUGUAUCCCUCCUGCUCCUCUCACCACUGUCUCAUGGCCUUUUCCACCAUGCCAUUGCUGAGAGUGGAACUUCUACAAUGGUUUUAGUCGUUGCAAACGAUCCUCUACCAGUGACUCAGAUGGUAGCAAAUGGAUGUGGCUGUAGCCUCAAAAGCACAGAGAAGAUCGCUGGAUGCAUAAAAAACCUUGACAUUAGUGCCAUUGUGACUAUUGGGCAGAGUGAAAGCUUUACUUUUCAAUUAAAUAUUGAUGGACACUUCCUGAGAAAACCUGUGGAUGAGCUGCUCCAUAAACAUGAACUUCACACUGUGCCAUUCAUGACUGGUGUUAAUGAUCAUGAAUGGGGCUGGUUCCUUCCUGAUUUAUUUGCUCCUCCAAACUGGACAGAGGGAAUGGAUCGGGAGCAGGUCGUGAACAUCCUUUCCAUAUUUUACCCUGAUGCCAAAGAUGCAGUCUUAAGCAAUUUGGUAGUAGAUGAAUAUAUUGGAACCGGUGAAGAUCGUGUGAAAAACAGAGACAGGUUCACUGAGAUGAUUGGAGAUAUGAUGUUCACCAUUCCAGCCGUUAAGACUGCCAAUGCACACAGAGAUGCAGGUGCCUCUGUGUACCUGUAUGAGUACCUCCAUCCUCCCAAAUUCCUGCAGACAAAAAGGCCAAGCUUUGUUAGGAGUGAUCAUGGAGAUGAAAUUUUAUCAGUAUUAGGAUUUUGCUUCACAACUACUCAUGUGAAAUUAGCCGAUGCAUGCUCUGAAGAGGAGGAGCAGUUGAGCAAAACCAUGAUGAGCUAUUGGGGCAAUUUUGCUCGCACUGGGUCUCCUAAUGGGAAAGGUCUUGUCCAUUGGCCAAAGUACGGAGCAGAAGGAGACUACUUGGAAAUUGGUGCAAAGGAGCAGGCAGCGAGUCAGCACUUGAAGAAGGACCGGUUCUUCUUCGUCACUCAGACCCUCCCGGAGAAGAUCCGACAAUAUUAUGAGAAGGAGCACAGCGAGCUGUAG